AUGCUCAGCAGGAUGUUGUUGGUGUUCUUGUCUCUCAGUCUCUUCAGUUCAGCCUCCUCGCUGAGCUGCAGAUGGAUGGAUCAUAAAUUCAGACAGCACAGUCAUAACUCUUUGGAUCUCAUAGAAAGGAUGGCUCACAACUCCACUAACACCACUGAGGAUGCUGAAGUGAACUUCCCUCAUCAUCUGUACAGCCAGGCGUCCAAAGCCUCAGCUGAGGACAAACUCAGAUUCACGAUUCAGAUUCUGGAGGAGAUGGCUGCCCUGUUUGAGGAGGAUCACAGCAAUGCAUCAUGGGAGGAGAUCACGGUGGACCACUUUCUCAUAGUUGUGACCCAGCAGGCCGACGGCCUUCACUCCUGUAUGAAGAGCCACGGCCACAAGAAGCAGAACAAGAAGCUGCGCAUGUAUUUCAAGAGACUCUCACACAGCAUGGAGCAAAUGGGCCAUAGCGCUGAAUCCUGGGAGCUGAUCAGAAAGGAAAUGAAGACCCAUCUGAUGAGAGCAGACCAGCUGGCUUCAUCUCUCCUCACCACCUGA